AUGACAUAUCAACAGCAAAUAUAUACCUUUGAUGCUAGCCGACUGACGCUGACCGAAGGCCUGACCGUGGUUCUGGAUGAUGAACCGGUCAAUCGGUACUUCGGAAGCCUUCCUUAUGUCUUACCACCGACGGCUAACCGAGGAAUUCAGAUACGGCACGGUUUCGAACCAGGAUCGAUUCACUGGUGGGACGGCAAUUUUUCCACAGCCUCCAGCGCGAACUCCACAAACCAGGCCCUCUUCCAUGAGGACUGUCUGCAACUGAACAUCAGGAUAUAUGCAGAGCCGACGCUCAAGCAGGGCUGGCCUGUUGUUGCAUAUUUGCAUCGAGGCUUCCUGCAGCCCGGCAGCUUCAAUUGA